UCCGCGGCACGUGGGAUCUUCCCGGACCGGGGCACGAACCCGUAUCCCCUGCAUCGGCAGGCGGACUCUCAACCACUGUGCCACCAGGGAAGUCCCUACUCAGAUUUUAAUGCCUCUUUGCAUUGCAUAUUGCCUGAUGCAAUCAGGGCAGCCUGAUGUCAGCUGAAUUCUCAUCCCGUUGUAGGUAAUUUAUCUUUACCUAAUUUUUAGGGUUUUCUCUUUGUCUUCGAUUUUCAAAAGUUUCACUAUGAUUUUUCUAAACUGGGAACUUAAAAAAAAAUCAGUGACCUCUUUCGAUUUUGAGAUUCAUGUCUUUUUAAAGCUCUAAGAAAUUGUCUACCAAUUGUAUCAAAACACUACUCUUCUUCAUUCUCUUUCUGGAUUCCUAUUAAAUGGAUAUUGAAAUGUAUGAAUCGAUUCUCUGUAUCCCUAAACUUUCCUUUUACACAUUCUAUUUUUUUCAUUUGUGCUGCAUUCUGGGGAUUUUCUUUGCAUGAUUUUUUGGUUCACAGAUAUAUACUCCACCUGUGUCCAGCCUGCUUCUCUAUCCAUCUUUUGGGGGGGUUUGUUUAACUUUUGACUGUCACAUUUCCCUGUUUAAGUUCCCUAAUAGGAUCUUCCAAAACUACUUGUUUUCAUUGCAUGGAAAUGCUUCACCACUUCCCUCAGAUGGUGUUAAUAUGUGCAUUUCAUGGUAUUUUCCUGAUUGUUACGUGAACAGUUUCCUUGGGGUAGGUUGCCUCUCCUUCAUGGGCUUUACCUUCUUUAUAUAUUUGGUAAUUCUUGAUUGUCAUCUCAUGUCUGAGAGGGUUGUGUAUAAGCUCUGGGCUGUGACGGCUCCUGGUCAGGUCACUGGCCAUGCAAUGGCGCGGUGACCUUCAGGUGGCAGUGUGGGACUUGGGGAGGAGGCCGAAGGGAUGCAGUUCUAGAGAACUUCAGAGCCUUGAAGUGAUGUUAUGAAAUUAUUAAUCUGUAUUUAUAUCUGAUGGGUUUGGUGCUGCGGGGGGUAAGUAAAAUCUUACAAAGGAGAAUUCCAGUUUCAAGAUGAAAGACAGAGGACAGGCUGAAAUCGCUUCCCAGCAUUUUAAAAAAAUUAACAAUUUUCAGUUACACAGUACAUUUUCUGGAUUUGUCUUUUUAAAAAAUAACUUAGGUUAAAUCAGCAACUGCAUAUCCUAAAUAAUAGAAAAAGUUAGGAAUCAUUGUUCCAUAACAUUCUAUUAACAAUAUCUGAGUUUUUUGAUCACCAAUAUAUUUUUUAGUCCCCAAAUGCACCAUCAAUCAGAACUGAGGUCCACUCUUCCACGGGACAAGUUGACUCUGACACUUGCAAGGGUAAGGAGUCUCUUGGUUUGAGAGCUGCUGGCCUCACUAUGGCUCUCAGAGGCCACUUACAGGGAGCCAUGAGGGUGAAAUGAGACAAGGUGUGUGACACGCUGAGCACAGUGGCUGGCGUGCUGCGUGCUCUCAGUACUUGCUGGUUGCUCUUUUCUAAGGGGUGUUGAUGGCUCUGAGCUGCAGAGAAGUGACUUCUUGCCUGGUCCUAAAUGAUUUGGUCCUCAUCGCUCCCCGCCUCCUGCCAGGUACAUUCAGAGCAACCCGGCUCAGACCUGGGCUUGUUGCUGCCACCUUGCUGGGGGUAGGGCUGGUUGGUAAUGCUGGCCAGAGUGACCUGUCCCUAGGCCCCAACCCUCCCCUAGGCCAGGGGAAGGACCUGGCCUUCUGGGGACAUUUGACAGGACUCACUCCUUGUUUUUGCUCCAUGAAUCUUCCCCUUCUCCCUCCUUCCUCCUGGCAUGGGAGGAGGUGGUCCAUCUUCGUGUGUCCCUGUGUGCACGUGUGUGUGCUCUUUUUUUUAUUAGCUGUACCAGAGGUUUCUGGUGGUGCUGGCUGACAUCCAAGAGGUGAGGAAAAAGCCCUCAGUGUGGGAGCCACCCAGAGGGUGGAGCCCUGAUCUGCUAACAGAUCCUUGCCUUGCUAAGCUGGGCAGAUUUAAGGCCCCGUCCCUGUGGGAUUGUUACUGCCACCAUCCAGGGAGCGAGGGCGGGAGGGGAGGGGCAGAGUGAACCAGUAGCCGAGGGCAGGUCUUCCCAGCCAGUGGCUGCUGUUCUCUGAUAUUCCUGAAUGAGACAUCGAGUUCCCCAGCCCUCAAGGUGCCUGGAAGGGCCUGGGGCGUUUGGAGCCCUCUUGGCCAUCUUCCUCCAGUUCCCUGCAGACUUGUCCAUUUACCCUAGUGAUUCAGGUCAGUGACGUGGCAGCAUAGGAGUACUGUGACACGAGGGGGUGGGAAGUACAAGCUUAAGAGACCACCUGGCCUUCCUCAGACAUGACAUUCUUGCAUUACCUGCUGGGAUCAACAGCUGAGGCCACAGCCUUCACACAAGCCCCUUUCCCUGCCCUCACCAGGCUGGCAAGUGGCUCCCAGGGGUACCUGCAAAGUUUCAGGCUCAGUGGAAGCCCCUGAUGACCUUAGCCUAGAUGCCUCCUUUGCACCCCCCUUUCCUGAUCUGUGCCUUCCUCUGAGCAAGAACUGCUGCGGGCUGGCUGCCUUCUCAAGUCCCCCCUGAUGCCCCAUAUGCUGGCUACGGAGGGGCCUGCAUGUGACAGUGCCACUGUCUGGAGGCUCCUUCUCUCACUCCCAGACUAUGCCCGGUUUUGGGAAUCUAGUCCUGAGCUGUGUCUGGACAAGCAGCUUCCCAUCAGACAAGCAGCUGUCCCUCAGUGAAUUCAGGGGUGAGAGGCAGCAUGGGGCCCCAGGACCCAAGAUCCCCUUUCACUGAGGGACAGCAUGGCCAAGGACUUGCUGCCAUGGCCUGCGCCAGCCUGAGGUCCUGAUGUUUCCAGCUGCCCCAGAGGACAUCACCCCCGUGCAGGUACCCUUCUAUGGGCUGGGAGGAGACCAAGGCUGCAGGAAUAGGGUGGGUGGGAAAAACAGCAGCUGGAGAGUAGGCUGGGCAUCCAGACUCUUCGGGAACCUGUUUGCUGUGUGGACUGAUGUAGGUCUGGAGAGGUCAGGAAGGUGGGAAGAAGCAGCAAAGGUGACUGAGAAGGAGUGGGUGGCGUAGGAGGAGAAAUACCAGGUUAGUGUGCUGUCCAGGAAGCCAGGGGAAGAAAACAUUUCAAGGAAAACACCAUCACCUGUGUCACAUGCUGCUGAGACGUCAAGUAAGGUGAGGACUGAGAACUCAUCACUGGACUAGCCACGGGCUUUGACUGGAGGUCUUGACAAGAGCAGUUUGGUAGAGCAGUGGGAGAGAAACCUGACUGGUUCAAGAAAACGAGAGGAGAAAAAUUGGAGACAGUAUAGGUCACAGAAGCAAUUAGCAAUAGGAAUCAAGGUCAUCAGCUGAGAGUUUGGAGGAGGUUUUAGAGGUUUAUGGAUGGUGGAGAAAGUAUGACCAAGUUAUUGGAGUGGCAGAGGGGAAGGGACUAAGCUAGGCCUGCUGGGCAACACAGGGACCCACUUGAGGCUCCUGGUCAUGGGGUUAAAGUGAGUGCAGGUGCCAAGUGGUCCAAGAGUUGGAUUCCACCAGGAUUGACUGUUCCCCAGUGAGUGUAAUGAAGCAAGAGAUGGGUUAAGAGUGGGUGUCAGUGAAUCGUUAUAAUGAUGGACCAUAGAACCAAUGACGUUCUCCUCACUCCUGGGAAAGGAAGAGAAACAGCAAUGGACCCCUUGGAUUCUCAGGUGGGGACCAGCCCCCAGGUAUUUCCAGUUCCAAACAUGAAGGCCAGCCUGUGCCCGACCUGGAGGCCUCGUGGGGGGCUUCUGUGACUUGCUCCUAACCUCCUCCUCUUCUCCCCGAGGCAGGUGUCCAGGGCAGUAAACUCUUUUGACUUCUCCUCACGUUGUUCUUUUUCCCACAUGGUGUCCCAGGGGAAAGACUUUGACAGCUGGUUGUACCCAUGGGACCACAGUACCCUGCUGCGGACCUCAAGGCUCCCUGACACAGCGGGGGUUAGGGGUGAAGGAGGCUGCCAGAGACUUUGGGGGCCACACCCUGUCCCUCUAAGGGCUGGAGAUUUAACCCAAUCUGUGCUGGGUACAGCCACACCCCUCCCUGGGCUGCUCUUCCCAGCUCUCCCAGGCCAGGGAGCUUCUAUAUGGGGACACAAUGAGUCACACUAAACUUAAAACUAUGGCUGCUGCCUUGUCACUUUGGGCUCCUUAUGCUGAUAGAUCAGCAGGCAAAGAAAGGAAUGACUUACCAUACUGGGAGGGGUAAUUGGUUCUGAUCGUCAGGAGCUAGGGCUGCUGCUCUAGAACGAGAGCAGGGAGGAAUAUGCUUGGCAUCAGAUGAUCCUUGAUCUUCUCACACAAAGUUUUAACUAUAAAAUGGGCAAUUGUAGCAACCAUGGUCUGAUAAUAGCGUGGUAACCCGAACUCCAGAUCCCUCAGGGAUGAGGGUCUAGGACACCCCACCAUGAGAGCUGCUUGGACCAGCAAAAGUGCUGGCUCGGGAGGGAGGAGGACCUAGAAUGGGGGGUAGAGGAGGAAGAUGACAGUAUCAGCUACAGAUGUGGGACCAAUGGUAGCAGCACAAGCUGUAUUCCACUAACUCUUCUCUUGUAUGUGUCCCCAGAAAUUGUGACCAACAAGAAUCAUGGAAAAGCUGUUCCUGGACUGAAUGAAUUUAAUGUGGGAAGCAAGUGGAUCUGAGUGGUGCAGGAGAUGGACUGUAGUGGAUGCUAGUGGUGCCCUACCCAGAUUCUCUUUAUCAGACCAGUGCACCCAUCCUCCAGCUGCUGGAAUGGUUAGUUACUAACAGGACCAGCCACACAGAAGGAGUGAGAGGCCUAGAGCCAGAGUCCAGAGCCCCCUGCAGCUAGGUCUCCAGAGUCCGCUUGGAGCCCGCCCCUGGGGCUGCCCUAUUAUUACUCCCAGGCUCCUGGCUGCUCAUCUGCUCUCAGGUGCUCAGCCCUCCUCCCCCAGAGGCUGGCCUGGCUCAGGCUGGGGCUGGGCUGCAGGGGUUUCCUAGCUCUGACCCCACCCUGCCCUCUGCCCUCAGCCUCAGGGAAACCAGCUUCCUGCCGCUGCUCCCGGGACUUGACUUCCCCCUCUCUUGUAUCCUGACAUCCCAGGUCUGGAAGUGAUGCUCCACCUGCAGGUCCUGGAGCCUUGCCAGAAGUUUCUGGAAAAGCUAGUUGAUUCAGCCUCCAGGGGAUAGAGGAGAAGGUACUGGGCUGAGGGAGUGACCUGGAGGUGGGGCUCCGGCUGUUUAUAGGAUGGUGGCUCCUCAGAGGCUGGCAGGUCCACCGUCAGUCCCAUUCCAUCGGAGUAGUCUCUGCCAGCCAGCCAGGGAGCUGUCAUCUUGGAGGCAGCUGGGCCUGGAGUGGAGCCAAAGGUUUGGCAUGGAGAGAAUGACACCUAGGGGACCACCUGGCCAUCCUCACCAGGGGGAGACCUCUGCCUGCUGGCAGCUCACCGUGAGGGUCCUGGAGGCACGGGGCCUGGGCUGGGCUGACCUCUUGAGCGAAGCAGACCCCUAUGUGAUCCUACAGCUGCCAACCGCACCUGGAACAAAGUUUAAGACCAAAACGGUCACCAACUCCAAUCAUCCUGUGUGGAACGAGACCUUCACUUUCCUGAUCCAAAGUCAGGUCAAGAAUGUUCUGGAGCUGAGCAUCUAUGACAAGGAUGACUUCAAGACGGAUGACGCCUGCUUCAAGGUUCUCUGUGAUGUCUCUGAAGUCCUCCCUGGCAGGUUGCUCCGGAAGACCUUCUCCCUGCAUCCCCAGGGACCGGAGGAGCUGGACGUGGAGUUCCUGAUGGAGAAAACGUCAGGCUGCCCAGAAAACCUCAUCACCAACAACGUGCUUGUGGCCCGAGAACUGUCUUGCCUGGAUGUUCACCUGGACAGCACGGGGAGCACAGCCGAGGCUGCAGAUCAGGAUGAGCUGGAGCUGGAGCUGGUGCUGAAGGGCUCAUAUGAGGACACACAGACAUCUGCCCUGGGAACAGCCUCUGCCUUCCGCUUCCACUACAUGGCAGCCCAAGAGGCAGAGCUGAGUGGGUGCCUGAGGACCUCUAAAAGCAACGGCUGGAACUCAGGCAACUCAGAUGCGUACCUCACUGUACCCCUAAGGUCCUUGGCCAUGGGGGAGGAGGUGACAGUUGACGUUCCUGCUACAAAUGCCCCAGGAGUGAAGCUGCAGCUCAAGGCUGAGAGCUGCCCGAAGGAGCUGGCUGUACAUUUGGGCUUCGAUUUGUGUGCGGAGGAGAAAGCCUUCCUGAGCAGGAGGAAGCAGGUGGUGGCCAAGGCCCUGAAGCAGGCCCUGCAGCUGGACAGAGACCUACAGGAAGAUGAGGUCCCCGUCGUGGGCAUCAUGGCCACAGGAGGAGGUGCCCGGGCCAUGACCUCUCUCUAUGGCCACCUGUUGGCCCUGCAGAAGCUGGACCUUCUGGACUGUGUGACCUACUUCAGUGGCAUCUCAGGCUCUACAUGGACGAUGGCCCAUCUGUAUGGGGACCCUGAGUGGUCGCAGAGGGACCUGAAGGGACCCAUCGGACACGCCCGGGAGCACCUGGCCAAGAGCAAGCUGGAGGCCUUCUCUCCUGAGCGCCUGGCGAGCUACUAUCGGGAGCUGGAACAACGGGCUGAGCAGGGCCACCCCACGACCUUUGUGGACCUGUGGGGUCUGGUGCUGGAGUUUGCGCUGCACGGACAGGUGAUGGAUCAGAAGCUGUCAGGACAGAGAGCUGCGCUGGAGCGGGGCCAGAACCCUCUGCCCCUCUACCUGAGCCUCAAUGUCAAAGAGAACAAUCUGCAGACCCCGGACUUCAAGGAGUGGGUCGAGUUCUCCCCCUAUGAGGUCGGGUUCCUGAAGUACGGCGCCUUCAUCCCCUCUGAGCUCUUCGGCUCGGACUUCUUCAUGGGGCGGCUGAUGAGGAGGAUCCCUGAGUCCCGCAUCUGCUUCCUGGAAGGUAUCUGGAGCAACAUUUUCUCCCUGAACUUGCUGGAUGCCUGGUAUAACCUCACCAGCUCCAGUGAUGCCUGGAAGCAGCACAUCAAGGACGAGAUCAGGAGCCUGGAGGAAUCUCCUCCCUCCUCGGGGACCUCUUCAGGGCUGGAGGCCUUGUGGCUCCAGCCUGGAACAGCGCUAGCCCAAAUGUUGAAGGGCUUCCUGACGAGCAGACCACUCUACCAGCACAGCUCCAACUUCCUCCAGGGCCUCCAGCUGCACCAGGACUACCGUGCCCAGAAGGACUUCUCCACCUGGGCAGACAGCCAGGUAGACUCCUCCGCCAGCCAGCUGACCCCGCAGGAGCCCCAGCUCUGCUUGGUGGAUGCCGGCUACUUCCUCAACACCAGCUGUCCCUCCAUGUUCCGGCCAGGCCGCAGGCUGGACCUCAUACUAUCCUUCGACUACUCUCUAUCCUCGCCAUUUGAGGUGCUGCAGCAGACGGAGCUAGACUGCCGGGCCCGGGGGCUGCCGUUCCCCCGUGUGGAGCCCAGCCCUCAGGACCGACGCCAGCCCUGGGAGUGCCACCUCUUCUCAGACCCCACCUGCCCUGAUGCCCCUGUCGUGCUUCACUUCCCGCUGGUAAACGCCUCCUUCAGGGACCACUCAGCCCCAGGUGUCCAGCGCAGCCCUGCAGAGCUCCCGGCCGGCCAGGUGGAUCUCACGGGGGACAACUCCCCCUAUUCCAUGUUCAACAUGACCUACAAGGAGGAAGACUUUGACCGCCUGCUGCAGCUCAGUGACUACAACGUACGGAACAGCCAGGGCACCAUCCUGCAGGCUUUGAGGACCUCUCUGAGGCACCGGGCCCCAGGGGCCAGGCCUCCAGGGCCGCAGACUUGAGACUUCUCGGGGUCCCCAAGAUUUGAGGGCCACACUCUGAUCCUGGGGGCUGGGGGCUUAACCCACCUGCAGUGGGUACAGCCAGGGCCCUCACGGGGCUGGAGUUCCCGGGCUCUCCCAGGCCUGGGCCGCCUCUGCGGCUGGUCUCAUCGCCCAGAGGGGCUGUGUCCCACCCAGAGUUCUCCCUCACCUUCAUAGCUGGUUUGGGAGGAGCUGACAACAAACUCCUUACCAGGCCAGCAUAUA